UUAACUUUUUCCAGACGUGAUCAGCAAGCCAAGCAAGGCAACCCUCUUCAGAGAAUGCUUGGAGAGUUUGAACGCAUGAAUAACUGUCGAGCGAAAAGGCUGCAAUCUACGUUUCUAACCGUUGUCACCCCUUUACAAGGUUAACUUCUGGGAAAACAAACGCUGAAUAUGUUAACUUUAAAAUUGGAUCGUCGUCGCCUUGCACUCUUUUAACGGGGUGUCAGACGUUUACAUUUCGGAAACCAUCUCGUUUCAGCGAUUUCCUUUCUGGUUUAUCGAUCACUGCAGACAGAAUAUCCACGUCGCUGACAAUCGUCGGUGCUUCUUCGAUCCCUAUGAACUCAAGGAGAUAAUCCGUCUCUUUCCCUUGUCAAAAUGACGGACAUGGCAGGGCUGGUCUCAGAUGAGGUAGCAACUGGCCUGGGGGAGGUGGACCCUUGUCAGUUGGAGAUAGAGAGGAAGUAUGAUGUCAUCCCUGCUGUAAUCUGCUCCAUGUGCUGCCUCUUUGGAAUUAUCUACUGCUUCUUUGGUUACCGCUGCUUCAAAGCUGUCAUGUUCCUCUCGGGCCUGAUGUUUGGCUCUGUUAUCAUCUUCCUGUUGUGUCAUAAAGAGCGAGUGCUGGACACCCAGCUGAGCGUGGAGGCCAGUGCGGGGAUCGGCCUGGGUAUAGGUCUGCUGUGCGGCCUGGUCACCAUGUUGGUGCGCAGUGUCGGCCUAUUCAUGACUGGCCUCCUUCUGGGCCUCCUGCUCGCCUUAGCUGGACUGCUGCUUACCUACCAGUUCUACACCCCAGGCACUGUUUGGGUACCGCUUGGUGCUCUUCUUGGCGCAGGCAUGCUGUGUGCGGUCUUCACCCUUCAGUGGCAGAAGCUCUUCACCAUGCUCUCCACAGCUGUGUUUGGUGCUGCCAUCAUGGUGGUGUGUGCUGACUAUUUUGUGGAGAUGCUGGCUCUGGCAACACAUGUGUACGACCGCCUGCGCUCUGUCCCAAAUCCCGUGCCUCUCUGCUGGUACAGCUGGGUAAUCUUGGGCAUCUGGCCCGCGCUCAGUAUCACGGGCAUGCUGGUACAGUGGAAGCUUACAGCAGAAGGCUUCUCGCACACAGAGGUUAUCAUUAGCAGAAGGCAGAAGAGAGUCCAGCUCAUGAGAAUAAGACAGAAGGAUGCUAAAAAGCUCCAGCUGUCUGGAGGCCAGGAGGGAACAUAUCGUCGUAAACCAACUCCUGUUAAACGUUAUGCUGGAGAUCUCCUAGCACCAAGCUACCUGCAGAGUCUUCGAGACCGUCAGAUGGGCACAGGCACGUCUCUGAGCAGCCUGAGUACUGCCAAUCACACUGUGGUUGAUUUGGACUAUGAGACUGGCUCCACUGUACCCCUAACGGCCACCGCACCAGCAGCACGUGCCUGAGUUUGCAUUCUAUGACAAUAGCAUUAGCAAUCUGGGUAAGGAGAAUGCAUGACAGCAUGGUACUUUGUUUUAAGGGUCAGCGAUAAGACCUGAAUUUUCUAUCACAAUAUUUGUAAUGACAAGAUUUUGAUAAUGGUGAUCUUUCUCAUGCUAUACAUUAUUUAUGGGAAUAAGGAAAAACUAGACACAAGAUCACACUGCGUGUGGGUGUGAUGAUGUAGUAAGGCCUUAUAUUUGUAACAACAACUGUGCUCUUCACUGUCGACCAAUAAUCAAUAAACCGAUUAAAUGUUAAUUUAUUUAUAUAAUGCACAGCCCUGUUAUGUUAUCACACAAAUGGCACUAUCAUUUAAUUUUCAACUGUUCUUUAUGUAGUAUAGAAGAUCUUAAACAUAAAUCGAUUUGAAAAUAUAUUUGAAUUUUAGAGUGACAGACAGCAUUAAUACCAGAGGUGUCCUUAGGUAAUUCCUUAUGAAAAAUGGCCUAAAGUGUGCCAUUAAUAGUAGAAGCUUCUCAGUUAACUGUAGUGCUGAUGUAGGGGUAUUUUAAUUGAGAGUGGAAUGUACUACAUAAAACUAGACUUUUUUAAGAGUAUAGUUUAAAAAAAAUUCUAGUGGCUUAAUCUAGACAGGAGGCGAUUUAGAGGUUAAUAUGGCCUGUUAAUAAGCUGUCUAUCAAGGCUAUGCCUUACAUACACCAGCCACAACUACCUUACUAGAAACUCUUUUAGGAGAACAGUACUCUGUUGCCCUUCUGCUGACGUGUACAGUCUGGGUUAAGUGUCCUCUAGUCCUUCAUUCAUGGUCCCUGGCCACAGGAUAACUAUUGGCUUGAUGUUGUUGAUGGCAGAACACUUUAACCCAGGGUAACGGGUUUUAAAAAACACACCCCCCGCCCCCAGCAACGCUGUUGCUCCCGAUGACCUUGGACUAGAUCAGUACCCACAACCAUGUCUGUAUAUGUUAGUGUUAAUGGUCCACCACCCAAACAGUAAUGGUGAGCAGUGGUGACCAGCAGUGGGUGGUGUAGAAGGUGACUGACACAUUGUGCAAGGCAGUAAAUGGACUGUUUUGUAAUUGUUUGUGAUUGUCCACUCACACCUGUAAAACUGAAGUAGCAAGAGAGUACAGGUACUAUAUAGGUGUUUCAACUGAAGUGUCUUUUAAGCUUUUAAAAUUUUAAAAUAUGGAUUGUAAAAUGUUUUAUAAUUGAGUUAUUUGUAUAGUGUUUUUAUAGUAAGAUUCAUGUUUAUAGUUUUAUGCUGAAGGUGUAUGAAUAUGCUGAGAGUUUUAUCAGCAGUUUUGGACUAGGUUUUUUCUGAUAACAUGAUUGUUUUGGGAAAAGUCUGGACACCUCUUCAAGGUGGUACAAUGAUAAGAGAUAUAUGGACACAGAUUAUCUACAUAUUUGUAUUCUAAUUGUCUUCAAUAGUUAUUUUUAGAAUACUAAAAUCACAUUUAAUUCUUUUUACACUAUAGGAUUUUCAUAUUUGUUACAUACUACUAAAUCCUUUCUGUAUACUAAAAUGAAUUGGUCUUGCUAUGUGUCUAGAAUGAGCCUAUAGAAGAUGAUAAAGUAAGGAGUGCAUUUAUUUAUUAAUCUGUGUUUUGUGGUCAGAUUAAGAUAAUUGUUGAAUCUCGAUUUAUUUCCAUUUUCCCAAUUUAUUUCAAUAUCAUCCGCUUGUACCAGAUUAUUUCGCAUCCUUAUAUUUACAUUGCCUUAUUUUCAUUCAGACUUAAUAUUUUCAAGUUUCAUUUUUACCAUGCCUGUGUCACUAAGUAUACUCAGUGCUUUUUGUGGUUGUUGCUUUCUUAGGACAUGAAUGUAAUAUGUGUAAAAUGUUUAAGAAAUUAUGAAAUUCAUAAAACAGUAUUACUGAG